UUCCAUCUUACGUACGUGUUAACAUGGCUGGCCUUCUUUCCAAAUUCCAUUCUGCAUUUAUCAUCUUCUUCUUUCUUUUCGUGGUCGCCUUUUCUACAAAGCCCCAACCGCCAUCUGAGAUCCCGCGACCUGCAUUUGGGUUCGGAAAAGAGAAGAUGACCCAUCUACGGUUCUACUUCCACGACAUUGUUAGCGGUCCCAAUCCAACAGCCGUGCUGGUGGCAGCCGCGUCGUCCACAAAUAAAUCACGUACGGGCUUUGGUGGUGUGUCGAUAAUCGACGACCCGUUGACAGAAGGUCCAGACCCGAAGUCUAAGCUCCUAGGAAGAGCUCAGGGGCUCUACGCUUCGGCGUCGCAGGAGGAAGUCGGCCUGUUAAUGGCCUUGAAUUUUGUAUUCGUGGACGGGAAGUAUAAUCAGAGUAUAGUCAGUAUACUCGGGAGGAAUUCGGGUGUAUCGAAGGUGAGGGAAAUGCCAGUGGUGGGAGGGAGUGGGAUUUUUCGCUUUGCUCGUGGGUAUGCCAAGGCCCGCACCCAUACCUUCAAUGUUACGUCUGGCAAUGCUGUCGUAGAGUAUAGCGUUUAUGUCAUGCACUACUAAAGGCUUUUUACUUUUUCUUUUUACCUUAGUAAAUGAUAUUGAUACCCCAUAAUAUUCAUAAAUGCACCUUUUUUUUUUCAUGGACUAUAAAGAAGGGGUGUUUGUAAUAAAAGCAGGAAAAAUCUAUUUG